UUCUUAAGUCAAUAUCAUCCCUUAAGCUCAAUUUAUGAUUGGUUGGAUAUUCUCUCUGAAGAAUAUCCUCACUUGAUAUCUCAAGAAUGGGUUGGUCAAUCCUAUGAAGGGAGAGAUAUCAAAGCCUACUAUAUCAGUGCUUCUCAUUAUACAAACCAAAAUCCUAAGAAUAAAACUAUCAUUGUAACUGGUGGGAUUCAUGCGAGAGAAUGGAUCUCGACUACAACUGCUCUUUAUGUAAUGACUGAGUUAGUAUCCAGGUAUGGUGAAAGUAAAAAAGUAUCGGAAUAUUUAAAUAAAUUAAAUUUCUUAAUUAUCCCUGUAAUGAAUCCAGAUGGUUAUGAAUACUCUUGGACAACUGAAAGAUUAUGGAGAAAAAAUAGACAGGAAACUUUUCUUCCAAGAUGUUUUGGAAUUGAUAUUGAUCAUUCUUUUGAUUAUCAUUGGACUCAAACCUCCGACAACGAUUAUCCCUGCGACGAAGAUUAUGCUGGUGAUGAUCCAUUUGAAGCAAUUGAAGCUGAACAAUAUAACGAUUACCUCAACUAUACCAAAUCUCAUUUCAAUAUUCAUGGUUAUAUUGAUUUACAUUCUUAUGCCCAAGAAAUCUUAUAUCCAUAUGCCUUUUCUUGCAAGGAAAUGCCAGAUGAUGAAGAAAAUUUAAUUGAAUUAGGUUAUGGUCUAGCAAAGGCUAUAAGAGGUAAAACUGGUAAACAUUAUGGUGUUUUCCCUGCCUGUAAAGAUAGAAACAGUAAUUUAAUGCCUGGAUUAGGUAGUGGAAGCUCUUUGGAUUAUAUGUACAAUAAAAGGGCUUAUUGGGCUUUUCAAAUAAAAUUGAGAGAUUCAGGUUCUCAUGGGUUUUUGCUUCCUUCAAAAUUCAUUAUUCCUGUUGGUCAAGAAAUAUUUCGCUCUGUUAAAUAUUUCUCGGAUUUUAUUUUAAAUCCAGAG